GCAAGAUUAAAAAGCUUCUGCUUUUAAAAUCCAACACAGAUUGUUUAUGCCAACACGUACACACACAUAAAUUCACACACACUUAAACACAUAGAUAGGUUUGUACAUUUUGAAGUUAAAAUCCAGCCACUCCUGUCGUUCUCUCUGAUAUGCGAGUCUGGUUGGGUGGUCGGCUUGCCCCGCCUCUGGCCGGUGCUCAUUGGCGAACAAUGCGUCAAUCGGGAUAACUCCAGUUGCAUGUCGGCGCGCUUCGUCCAAUCAGAGAGCAGAAAGCUCGUCACACCAUUCACCCCCUGCUCAUGCCUUCAUUAACAUAUCAUGUAUUACCUAACUGUUGUAAAUCAAUAAAACGUUGUAAAAACAAAUACAAUUAUUUUAAACUAGGCCUACAGUAUUUCAAUAUCCUAUUAUAUGCAUGAUACAAUUAUUAAACUAUAUGAAAAACAUAGGCUAUAUUAAUUCAACUAUAAACUAUUAUAACUUCCAUAUAAUUACAAUAGUAGUUAUUGCAAUCAUAUAGCCAAGAAAUAAAAAUAUACCAAUAAAACAGGUAAUAAAACUACAUUGAUUAUUAGGAUACAUGAAACCCUAACCAAUGAAAAUAAAUUGAAUGUGUGAAUACAGUGCGAAUACAUCCUUAAAUAUCCAUAGUUAACUAUUAGUCUGAAAUCAAACUAGAUAAAUAAUACCAUAUACCCUAUCCAUACAGUGAGGUAGGUCUGGAUACAUAGCUUUAGCCACAUCUAUGAACUGUCACAGUGACAGGAGCCAUGCUUGACUUGGGCAGGAGGAGCUCACCGGAGCUGAGUACCAACACCUCAAAUGUUCUACUGCUUGAGCUCCUGUUCCUCUUAUAAGAAUAGUAGCUCAAAUGUAUUGUAGAGCUCCUGUUCCUCUUAUAGAAUAGUAGCUCAAAUGUAUUGUGGAGCUCCUGCACCUAAAUAUAAACAGUACCGGUAUCCAAAAUGAGUAUCGACUCCUAUUUCAGUCCAAGUCAAGCACUGGCACAGGAGAGGUUUCUGACGGAUUGUUUUCAGUUGAAUUCACUUUCAGUUGUUGGGUCAUAUGAAAAGGAGUGAACAUGCGAAUACACAUACACCGAGGCAUGCAAACAUGCACACACAUAAAUGGAGCAUUACUUGCCUGGUGAGUUGUACACACACAUUAGACAAGAGGGUGGGGCGCCAGUAAUUAAUGGGCUCUGCUGUCAACUCGUCUGUCUCUCCUGCCUGGAACACGCACACCACACACUAAUUCUCUCUCUGUUUCUCUCUCUCUCACACACUCACUCAGCCCUCCCGGAUGAUUCUCUCCUGCUUUCAGUGUCUUCAUUUAAGAAACUGUAUGAUAUUGACCAUUUUUUAUGUGAGCUUCUGGAUAUCAUUGGAAAAUGGGUCUCUAUUAUUCUAAAAGAAAUUGAUGGUGAUCACCUCAUCUUUUGUCUUCAUUUCAUCAUCCAGUCUGGAAGGAAUAAAAGAAAACCAACAUUUCCUCCAUUUCAUUUGUAUUUCUACUGCUGUACCUGAAGAUAAUGAGACUCUGUGCAAAUGUCUUUCAACUUUAACUUUAAUUUAACUUCAAAUCCAUUCAUCACCUUUGCUUCUUGACUCCAAAUAACCCACACGGACCUGGGAACCACACUUGGAAUGGGACCUGGUCCCAUGGAACUGACCAGAACAGAGCACGCCCAACGGGUUAUUUACCAGGCGGUUACAUCCCUGGUGAUCCCAUAGAGAGGGAGAUGCCUUCCCUGAACCACAGAAACUAACACACACACAAACCUCAUCCCCGGAGGUCCCAGAGCGAUGCCUUCCCUCCACCACGGCGCCAUCUUCCUCGGAGUCUUUCUCAUCGCGACAGGCGGCUCCACUGCCUUUCUCACCUCCUCACAGAGCCGCCUGCAGGCGUUCUCUCUGUGCUGUGUGGUGCUGGGAGCCGUCAUGCUGAUCCUGGGGCUUCUCUGGGCCAUGAGUAACAAGCACCAGGUAGAGUACAGCCAGGGAGAGUACCCCAACUUCCCCCAAUACCCCCACCAGGGAGAACACCCCAACUAUCCCUACCCACACCCAGACCUCAACUACCCUGGCCGGUACGCCCAUCCUGACCUGGGACAUGUCCUCUUCAGCCCCCGUGGUCCUGUUGGACACUUCCCAGAGUCCCAGUCAGCCCUACUGCAGAGGACCGAGCACCAGCGGCGAGGUGUGUAUGGGGCUAAUGAUGUGGACUACCCCCCACUCAGCCCCCCUUCCCGCUACCCCCCCGGGCUGGGCCCCCCACCUCCCUACGAGGUUGCCAUAAAGACCACCUGUAGCUCCACCCACCUGCGCCGCGCCUACUCAGACACACACCUGGCCUCGGAACCCCUGUUUGGCCGAUCACGGGAGAUCAGCUUUGAGGUGUGACAUCACCAGACAGGCCCACACACUGGAGGUGGAAUACUGUGGCCACACCCUUCACUCAGGCUCUUCCAAUCAGCUGUCAGCCCAUAGGAAACGGCAGGAAUAGGAGAUUGCCCUAAAGCAACACUCUGAGCAGCAUAUUAUCUGUCUGUCUUCAACAACCUGUAGUUGAGCAUGUUUUCACAAGCUACCUUUUAAAUGGGACAUUGAGUUUGCCUGGUGCAAAGGAACCGAUGGAAUAGCCCAAAAGUGCAAACCACACUCAAUGUCCGCAGUGCCUUUCCCUGCCUCUGCUAGCUCUUUACAUUAUAUGCAUGUGUAACAGAAUAUAAAAGUUAAAUACUAUUUAAUUAUGUAAAGUUAAACAAAAUAGUCUGAAUACUUGAAAUUAUUUCAUGUCAUCUAGUACUUUUGAAAUCCAAAUGUGAUACAUUAAUGUGUCUGCGAGGACAUCUAGUGGUCAGUCGACAUGCUAGACAACGAAAACCAUACAAAUACCACAUCCAGCCCCCUCUAAAGGGUUUUGUCUAGCAGGGAUGCAGCUUCAGUCAACAUAGAAUUUUCUUAGCAGGUUUAAAGGCGACGCAUGGUCAAUCUGUCGUCUGCAUUUGCCGUGCAGCAUUUACGGUGAAACGGCCUCUGCAGAAAUCAGGGCAUUCAUAGUUCUUGUGCUUCGCGGAUCAGCGCAGAGCUGUUGAGUAGAACUGUUAUGAAGUAAGUUGUCAAGGAAGUAAGUUUGUGUUUGUACAGGACCUCCCGCCCCCAUCUACCGUCAACCAAUCAUGUCAAUGCAGGACUAUACAGCGCUAUAUGGAUCCCUCCACAUUGUUACAACAUUUGGGAGGUGCAUGGCGAUGCGAUAUGGAGCUCAAUUUGGCCUCUGCACGACUCCGGAGGCCACGAAAUUGCGUCACACCCUCCAAAUGGUGUCUCCUACCACAUUUUCAGAUCAAGCAUAGAAUUUACGCAGCGGUUUAGGUUAAUGUAGCAGGUUGUUAAGUUUAGGAAAAGGAUUAGCUAAAAUAAAACGUUUGACGUCAAAUUUGACAAAAGCUGUAUCCCAUCUAGACAUGACUUAAAGGGUCAAUCUGUAACACAUGAUGACCCACCUGUUCUGCCACAAGAAGAAUGUAGUAUGUAGAAACAGGCUCCACAUACAGAAUCAGCCCAG